AUGCUGUUGUCCAGCGCCACCAGGGCAGCAGAAGACGACUUCGACUAUCUGUUCAAGGUCAUCCUCAUUGGGGAUUCCAACGUGGGAAAGACGUGUGUGGUGCAGCAUUUCAAGUCCGGGGUCUACACAGACACGCAGCAGAACACGAUUGGGGUAGACUUCACCGUGCGUUCCCUGGACGUUGACGGCAAGAAAGUGAAGAUGCAGGUGUGGGACACGGCGGGCCAGGAGCGUUUCCGGACCAUCACCCAGAGCUACUACCGCAGUGCCCACGCGGCCAUCAUCGCCUACGACCUCACGCGGUGGUCCACGUUCGAAUCCGUCCCGCACUGGAUCCACGAGAUCGAGAAGUACGGUGCGGCCAACCUGGUCAUGAUGCUCAUCGGAAACAAAGCGGACCUGUGGGAGCAGCGGCACGUCCUGUUUGAGGAUGCCUGCACGCUGGCGGAGAAGUACGGGCUCCUGGCUGUGCUGGAGACGUCGGCCAAGGAGUCUAGGAACAUAGACGAGGUCUUCCUGCUUAUGGCCAAGGAGCUCAUGGCCCGUAACAGCCUGCACCUGUGCACGGAGGGCACCCUCAGCAGCCUGCCCCUGGACUCCAGCCCCGUCCUUGUAACCCAGGGUCCCAGCGGGAAGAGCCACUGCACCUGCUGA